AUGAAGAUCAAGAAGAAGGAUCUGCGCAAGCGUGAGGCGCAGCUGCCGAUCAACUACCCAGAUCCCGAUGUCCUUCCGGACUCACUGCCGGGGGGCGUCAUCGACAUCGAGGCGGAGAUGGUGCAGGUGGAGAUUCUGUGCAAGCGUCUGGCUCACAACGAGGUGGCGGUGCGUGAUGCCGUUCUGGCCGAGGUGCCGCACUAUCUGGAGCGACUCACCGAGGCCAUGGCGGAGAUGGAGAAAACUUACGAGGCUGAGAUUGCAGAGGUGCGGGGCUACUUCAAGGCGCAUCCGAAAACCCCGAACCCGUACCGCUAUGAGAACCUUCCGCUCGCGCUGCAGCAGUUCCGGGAGAAGGUGGCCGAACAGGAGCGCGAGGACCGCCGGCGCGUGGCCAUGCGCGAGCUCCGUCAUCGGCAGGCGCAGGAGCGGCGUGACAAGGAGCUCUAUGGCCGCUACGACAGGCCUGCAGGCGACUCCACAGCGGACAAUGAUGACGAUGCGGAAGCUGGUCUGAACGUCGGGCCGAAGCCGGUGCACGUUUAUCAAGGCGAGAACGUGCACCGCGAGCGCUAUCAGACUUGGAUGGAGGCGUGGUGUGAUCUGGAGCUUGUGCUACUGAAACUAUGCCGCGGCAUCCACUACUGCCUGUGGCACUCUGACAAGCCGCUCGUACAACUCGCCUGCGCGCAGAAGAUCGCGGACCUUCUUCAUGCCCCGCAGACGACGCGCUGCAAGGUGCUCUUUUACGGCUGUCUCUUCCGGGUGCUGGCGCGCGAGUGGCCCACUAUUGACCGGUACCGCAUGGACAAGUACCUGGCCCUCGUGCGUCGUAUGGUGUUCGCGUACGUGAAGUUUGUGAAGGAUGUGCAUGACGGCGAUGGGGCGGCUCCUUCAGCCGGUGCUUCUCCCGCGAAGCGAGAGGGCGACGGCGCCGGUGCGCUGGGCUCGCCAACCGAGAGGAGCAUGAAGACCUCUAAGCGCAGCCGCGACGGCGAGGCCAGUGUGGCGGAGCCGGAUGAUGACAUCGCCGCUCUUAGCGCGCUGUGGAAGACAGCCGCCGGUGUCCCUCAGGCCGUUUUGCACAAGUGCAUCGGCACCGCCACGGCAACCGCAAGCGUAGUGGGCGAAAUCUUCUACAUCCUGCAGCGUCAGAUCUUCCCGUCUAGCACGAGCGUCGGCCUGACAAUGCACAUCUGCGAUGUGGCGUUUGACGAGCUUGUCAGAGCAGAGCUGGGCACCAACCUCUUCCUCGCCAUGUCCGCCGGCAUCCCCCUCUACGCCAUGAGCCAAGGCAACUACGUGGAGAAGCGAGUGCUGGAUAGCUUUUUCCCCCCGCUGGCCGGCGGAGUGUACGCGCAGCGCAGGGCAGAGCAGCUAGCGCAGGCGAUGACGGCCAAGGCAACGGGGACUCAGAAGCGCGCUAGCAAGCGGAACGGGAACGGAGGCACCACAGCUUCGCCGGAGGCUAUUGAGGCGUUGGCCGCGGAGCAGGCGGCUGCUGAGGCUCGCACCGUGAUGCAGGAGAUUGCGUUUUUCUGCCGAAAGUAUGCCGUGGCCCGCGGUGUGGCGCAUGAGGUGCGUCCAAUGUUCUCCGAGGCAGAGCUCAUCAUGCGACAGUCGGCGGAUCCUGAGUCCUUCCAACCGCUGACGCACACGGCUCAGCGUCGGCGCAUCGAACGGGAGCUGAAGGAGGUGGAUGGCACGCGUGAAAAGGUUCGUAGCGAGCUCCAGGCGCGGCGUGAAAUGAAGAAGCAGGACCGCCACGCAGCACUCAAGGCGAAGGUCAAGGCACGCGAGGCGGCUAUUGUGGCGGAGAAGGGCGAUAAGGCUGCGGGCGUGAGCAAAGCGGUGCUGCGGAAGAAAAUCAUCGCCGAGGAAAUGCGGGCGAAGAGAAAGCCGGUGCACAAUACGAAGCGCAAGAAGGCUUAUCACCUGACGAGGCAGGAUCUGUACGGCGACGACGACGCAGGGUAA